AUGCCACCAGCGACGACGACUGCCAACGGAAACAAUGCACCGUCGACAAUUCCUCUCUCCAAUGCGUUGAUGACUAAAUUGAAGCCAGCAAAGGUGUUCAAGAAUGCCGUCGAACCGACGCCACCACCGACACCAGGAAGCAGCUCGAGGGCGAAUGCUGGUCCUCGACAUGUCACUUCCAUCACCUUCGAUGACAGAGGAGAUCAAGUGCUGACCGCCUCUGAGGAUGAAACUUUCCGGCUAUAUAGCUGUAAAUCUGGCAAACAUCUAAAAACGCUUUACUCCAAGAAGUAUGGUGUUGAUCUCCCGCGUUUCACCCACAAAAAUACGACGGUGAUACAUGCGUCGACGAAGGAGGAUGACACGAUACGCUACCACUCCUUGCAUGACAACAAGUACUUGCAAUAUUUCAAGGGCCACAAACAGCGAGUCAUUUCAUUGGAAAUGUCUCCCGUAGACGACGGGUUCAUGUCCGGUUCGAUGGACAAGACCGUGCGAUUAUGGGACCUACGUGUACCUACGUGCCGAGGGCUCCUAAACCUUCCGUCAUCGCCGGUGGUAGCCUACGAUACAUCCGGUCUCGUCUUCGCAGUAGGCGUCAACCGAUAUUCUCGAAUUCUGCUGUAUGAUCAGGCCAACUAUGACAAGGCGCCAUUUCUUACCAUCACACUGGAGGACCCUACGCUCGCUCUGGUCAGCUAUCCCCCUCGACCUAUUUAUAUGACAUCGCUUGCAUUCUCCUCCAAUGGGAAGUAUCUCCUUGUGGGUUGCUCCGGUGACGCACACUACAUACUCGACGCAUUUGAGGGACAUCUACUCGCUAAACUCGAAGGCUUUGUGGGCUUGGAGAGACGUCGGCUUGACGCACCGCCAAGCAUCGACCCAGUUAAAGGAAACAGCGGCGAGGAGGUCUCAUGGACUCCAGAUAGUAAAUAUGUCGUCGGGGGGAGUCUCGAUGGUCGAAUAGCAGUGUGGGACGUGCAAAACCUACCCGUUCGGACGGGUGUAGUGGAUCUGAAGUCGCCACCUACACGCAUCCAACCCUUGACAACUCUCGAUGGACAUUCAGGCCCUGCCCGAUGUGCGAAGUUUAACCCCCGAUUGGCGAUGAUGGUCACUGCCGGGACAGAGCUGGCAUUUUGGUUACCAGACCAAUCUGCGGAUAAUGAGGAGAUUGCCAAGGAAUUAUUGAAGAAGAAAUCCUGA